AUGUUGCUCGUCCAGCCCGACAACUCGUUCACUAAAAACACCGGCUCGCAAGAUCACAUCAUUUACAACCCUCCUUCUUCUGCGCCGAAUGUCUAUCACACGCCUCUGAAGUUCCUGCCCAAGGACGACCCGCGACGCCGCCUACACACUCUCCUCAAAUCUACCGCCUCCACCUCCGAAAACACAUCAUUGCCUCCAGCAGUGCGACCAAUCUAUGAGAAGAAGUACCACCUCAAGCAAGCCGACAUUGAAGAGAUCAGACGACUCAGAGCAGAAGACCCGCGCCAGUGGACCAGAGUACGAUUGGCCGAAAAGUUCGAGUGCAGCCAGUUCUUCGUCAGCUUGUGCUGCUCAGCACCGCAGAUCAAGGACGAGAGACAGUUGCAGCUCGAGAAGAUCAAGGAGAAGUGGGGACGCACCAAGACAGAAGCGCGCGAGGACAGGCAGACCAGAAAGUCGACUUGGGGAAAGGCCGUUUAG